AUGAUAGCUAAAAUUUUAAUUCUUGCCAUCGCCGUGACUGCGUGCUACGGCCAGGAACGUAUAUAUAAAUAUAAGCCAGCCCAUCGUGAACAAUUAAAGGAGUAUAGAUAUCCUUCAACCCUCGAUUUGAUUAAUCAGGAACCUGCACCUAUUCACGAAGAAGAAGGACAUGGUGCUUCAGUAGAAAUUCCAGUACAUGGACGUCAUGAAUCUGCGGUUUCAUCUCAAAGCAUUGUUCACUACCAGCCAGCAGGACACGAAGAAACCCAAUCACAGGAGUCCUAUGUGGGACAUAAUGAGCCAUUAAUUGCUUACAAGCAUUACAUUCAAGGGCACGAACAAAUAAAACAUGAACAAGGAAGUAACAUUAAGUAUAUCCAGUCCCUGCGUCACCCUGCCGUCUCUCAUGAGGCUUCAUCUGCUCAGGGUCCAGCUCGGGAUGAAGCUCAUUACAUCCGCGUACCUGCCCAUAACUACCAAUACGUCCAAGAAUCUGAGCAUCAGGCCCCUUCACACCAUCAAGUCGAAGCACAGCACCAGACCGAAUCUCAUUCCCACGAUGAGCCUAUCGACUAUUACGCGUAUCCUAAAUACCAAUAUGAAUACAAAGUAGAAGAUCCUCAUACUGGAGAUAAUAAAUACCAACACGAAGUCCGCGAUGGUGACAGCGUAAAGGGAGUGUACUCACUUCAUGAAGCUGAUGGCUCCGUGCGGACAGUCGAAUAUAGUUCAGACAAACAUCAUGGUUUCAACGCUGUUGUCAAGCACUCUGCACCUGGUCAGCACGUUCAUAUUAAGAGUCAUCACGAAAAU